AGGAGAAUAUCCAAGAUGGUGGAACGCAGCACCGAGCGGUUCAUAGUUACGCUGUUUGCUAUUCUUGUACGUUGUGUGUCGGACAAGAUUUGUUCGUUCCAGGUGAGCAGGAAGCCGAAGGUGUGGAGAGACUCCUUUCUGGUGGAGAGAGGGAAGUUGCUGCACCAGCAGGCAGAGGGGAAGGAGGUUUCUCAGGAGGAGAACUUCCUGCCCAAACACCAGCGAGUCAAAGACCUGUGUCAGAGAGCCGAGUACCAGACGCCCUGCCAGCAGACUGGACAGAAGUGGCAGUGUGUGGAGGACGCCUCCGGAAAACUGCGGCUCUUCAAGUGCAAGAAUGAAGGGGGCGGGGCCACGAGCUUCCAGAGAGGCGGGGCCAGCCUCCAGCGUCCAAUCAGCAUCAAGUCUCAGCUGUACGCUCCCGACCCGGACGCCUGCAGCUGCGACUUCAGCGACCUCCUGCCCGCAAGCCUCCGGCCCUCCGUGACGAGGUCGUUCAAGAACAAGCCCUUCUUCUCCAAGAAGAAGCUUAAAACCCUGAAAAGUUUCUCAAGGAACCGCUACAGCCGCUCGCUGUCCGAGCUGAACGCUUACCCUGGCAACCAGACCCUGGUGGGCGGAGCCAGUCAGAAUGAACCCGAGGACGAGUUCAGCGGGAUGGGAGCCGUCACCGACGCGCCGGCGCCAUCUAGUGCCGUCAGAGUGACUCACAGGUGCUCCAUCCUGUCCAACGCCUCGGUGAAAUGCGACACCAGAGUUUAUAAAUCUCUGCAGGCCUGGAAGGACCACAAGCUGCACAUCGACCACGAGAUCGAGACUCUGCAGACCAAGAUCAAGAACCUGAGAGAGGUCAGAGGUCACCUGAAGAAAGCCCGCCCCCUGGAGUGCGACUGCAACAAGUACCUGUACAAAACCAAACUGAGGAAGAAGCUUCGCUUCAGAGGAGGAGGCCUUCAUCCCUUCAGCAGGAAGGGCGGGGCCUGGAAUAAGAAGAUCUGGCUUCAGAAGGAGCAGAAGAGGAGGAAGAAGAUGAGGAAGAUGAUCAAGAGGAUCAGGAACAACGACACGUGUUCGAUGCCCGGACUCACCUGCUUCACACACGACAACCAGCACUGGCACACCGCACCCUUCUGGACAUUGGGACCGUUCUGCGCCUGCACCAGCGCCAACAACAACACCUACUGGUGCCUGAGGACCAUCAACGAGACGCACAACUUCCUGUUCUGUGAGUUCGCCACCGGAUUCCUGGAGUACUUUGACCUGAGCACCGACCCGUACCAGCUGAUAAACGCCGUCAGCUCGUUGGACCGGACGGUUCUGAACCAGCUGCACGUCCAGCUGAUGGAGCUCAGAGGCUGCAAGGGUCACAAGCAGUGCAAUCCUCGCACGCGCUCAGUAGAGCUGGAGGUCCGAUCUGGGACGGCUGGAAGGGAUAAGCUUCCCAAUUGGCUGACACCGGAUCUAGACUCCGCCCACCGCAGCCCUCUGAAGCAGGAAGGCGUGGCCAUUGAGGUGACAUCACAGCUCGACCGCCACGCCCCUGUGUCAACGGUCAGCCAAUCACCUUCUGCUACUUUUGUGACAUCACUGGGAGAGACGCUGGGAGGAAACGCUGGACGCGCCUCUUCAUCAUCUGCCCCUCCCUCCUCUUCCUCCUCCUCUCUGUCGCCCUGAGGAGGAGCAGGAGGAGCAGGAGCAGGAGGAGAACAGGGAAAGGAGUUUGUAACAUUUAGGAAGCAUUUUCCCUGAGUUUUGCCUGCCAGGCGUUCCAGAUAAAUUCCUCCCAAUUCUUGUCUGAUUUUGAAUUCAAUUUGAGAAAAUUUCUUCUUUUUAGAUGAUGAGUCAGAAUCCCUCUUCCUCCUCCUCUUCCUCCCUUUGGCCGCCUUCGUCUCGUGUUUGGAUUUAGUUCGUCUGCAAGGCGCUGAAGAGCCGCUACUGACGUCACCACGAAUGUGGUCAUGUGACUUCCUCCUUUAACUUCACUGUUGGUUACCAUGGUGACCGACAGCAUUACUAACCAGGACCGCGGUUCCCACGGCGCCACGACGAGAACUGUUCUGAUUGGAGGAGGACUUUCUGACGUCUCGAGAGCCAAUCAGAGACAGGACUCUGUUUCUGUGUGUUUGAUUUGUAAUCACCUUCCUCCUCCUCCGUUUUACCCACUGAGCUGAUGGAGGAUCACGUCUGGAGGAAGGAAAAGCUUCCAGGAAACAUGACUGGAUUCACACAGGAAGUGGAGACGUCAGCUUCCUGUCUGCAGAGUUUCGUUUCAGGAUUCAUUCAUAAAGUGGUUUCUGUUCA